UGCUGUGGAUGCCCCACAUGAAGACACAGGAGCCCCAGGCCUCGGGGAGCUGGUAUUCUCAUAAGUAUGACAUGAAUCAGAACAAUUGGGGUUUGUAGAACUGUAUGUCAGGAUAACACAGAACAGGAGCUGGCUAAGGUUGCUCAGUUGAACUUGAAAACCAGGUCAUUGAAGGACCCUGAAAGAUGGGGCCUUCUCCAUUUUCCCCUUAGUUAGGGACCUGGGAGAUGGGCAUCCUGACAAGUGGGAGGGUGGUGGGGGCACAGUGUGAGGUGGCAGGCCCACAGUGUCCCAAGAUGGCAGCAGGAAUUGCUGCUCCAAGGAAGGUUAAAGAAGGAGUGACAUCUUCUGACUUUCCCACUAAGGAGUCCCCUCUGGAUGGAAAAGGGGACACGCCCUCAGUAGGUCUGGCUGCAACUCAAGCAGAUGGCAGCCUGGAGCAAACUGGGGGCAGUAGGAUGGAGCCAAGGUCAAACCCCAGCAGAACUAAAGGCCUGGAACAGAAGUUUUCAACAACUUGGGAAUAGGACUAUCUGGAGGAAAGCCUUGUGGGUGUGCAAAGGGCCAGGCAGCCAUGGUCUGAGCAUCCAGAGGAAGUAUCUGAAGUGCUGGGUUUGUGAACACCAAGAGACAGAGAGGGAACAGUUAACUGACAGCAGGGAGUGAGGCCCAGGGCCCAGCCCACUCCGCACCCUAUCAGAAACAGCCAUCCCAGCUUUGUGAGGAUUGCCUCAGGAGCAUCUAAACCCUCUCCCCAGGCUGGGCCAUUUGGAAGAUGAUGUAUAAAGAGUCGCCUGAGAUCCCCAGUGAAUGGGAGCAGAACUGAGGCUCACAGGAGCACUCUCCUAUCCAGAGACCUUGUCAGUCACCUGCACCUGUCCAGCAGCCAUCCCUACCCAGCCACCUGUCCUAGUCACCGCAGCAACUUGCCACCAACCUUGUGUGUCCUUCACUACUGUACACCUCAUGGUGGCUCAGAAAAAUGUCUUCCCCAUAGUGACAAAGUGAACAUGACGACCAGAUCUGCUCACAGCCCAAGGGAUAAUGGGGCGGGGCUUCAAGCUGCUGAUCUCUUGCUCUGCAUGGUUCCCACACACGUUCUUGCCCUUCCCACCCCCACCACCCCUGAAACUCCUGGAUUCCAGCAGGAGCAGUGGAAGGACAUGCAAGGAGCACAGGGCCUGAGCCACCUUCCCAACAGCAUCCCUAAUCCGUCAUCCAGGCCCUUAACUCCAGGAACCCCUGGGCACAGGCAACCCAAACAGACUCCACUGCAGAGACCAGUGGAUAUCUAGGCUGAGCCUCCUGGGUCCAGCACGCAGACCCCAGGCCAGGAGCAGAAUAGCUCCAGGACGAGUUUGCCCCUGCCAUGUCAGAGAAUGGAACAAGAGAGAAACUGACUUUGAGAAGCAAUGGCCAUCGUGACCAGUUGGUCAGGUCCCCCUUCUACACAGGGGUUCCCUAGGCACUCAGAGACCCCGGCCCCAUCAUAAGAACCCCAAGACCAGGGUACUCAGGGCACAGUUUGCAGCUUUGAGAACAGAGACCGGGACACAGCAUUCUCAAAGCACCAGCUUCAGUGUAGUCGGGGCAUUCACGCUCCAGCUGCCUCUCCUGGCCCUGGCCUGGGGUGCUCAGCCUGGGGUGCUCAUCUGUGUGCUUUCCACCCAGAACCGGCUGAUGGGGAAGUCGGAGAGCCCAGUGGAGAUGGUGGAGAGAUCAGACCGAUCUGGGAAGAAGCGCUCAGGCUUCCUGGUGUGGGGGCUGAUGCUGCUGCUGCUGCUUCUGCUGGCAGCCCUAGUGGCCCUGGGUGUCCUCUUUGGCCGAGGGAAGCCGCUGCCCCUCUUAACUAGCCGACUACGCUUCUCCCAGGAAGAGAGGACGGUUGUAAAACGAGCUGUCAAAGAGUCAUCACAGAAAAAUGACGUCUGCAUCACCCCAGGCUGCGUGUUGGCAGCUGCCAGAAUCCUUCAGAACAUGGACAAAUCGAAGAAGCCCUGUGACAACUUCUACCAGUAUGCUUGCGGAGGCUGGCUGCGGCAUCAUGUGAUCCCCGAGACCAACUCCCGAUACAGCGUCUUUGACAUUCUCCGGGAUGAGCUGGAGGUCAUCCUCAAAGGUGAAGAGUGGCCAACCAUCUGGGGCAUAGAGGUGUCACUGAGCCGUGGGCAGGCUCCUGUUCAGCGUUUAGGUAGCAGGGUCAGUGGAGACAUCAUGCCUAGGACUUGGAGUGAACUGGGACUUCGGUGUGCCUUUGUGCAACCUGAUGACGCUUGUCCAGGGCCAGAAGGGGCCCCAGCAGUCACCUCAACCUCUGUUAAGCUUUCUCCUCUGCCCACAGGGGUGCUGGAGGAUUCCGAUGUCAAAGACCGGCCGGCUGUGGAGAAGGCCAAGAUAUUGUACCGCUCCUGCAUGAACGAAAGUGUGAUAGAGAAGAGAGACUCUAAGCCCCUGCUGAACAUCUUAGAUGUGGUAGGAGGCUGGCCUGUGGCCAUGGACAAGUGGACUGAGAUCAUGGGCCCCAAGUGGGAGCUGGAACGGCAGCUGGCUCUGCUGAACUCACAGUUCAACAGGCGUGUCCUGAUCGACCUCUUCAUCUGGAAUGAUGACCAGAACUCCAGCCGGCAUGUCAUCUAUAUAGACCAGCCCACCUUGGGCAUGCCAUCCCGGGAGUACUAUUUCCAAGAAGGCAGCAACCACAAGAGUGCUCCAUGGUGGCCAAGGUGGCCAAAGCCGCCCAGCUCCAUCCAUCGUCCUUUGGCCCAGGUGCGGGAAGCCUACCUGCAUUUCAUGAUGUCAGUGGCCACCAUGCUGAGGAAAGACUUGAACCUACCCAAGGACAACACUCUGGUGCAGGAGGACAUGACGAAAGUGCUGGAGCUGGAGGCACAUCUGGCCAACGCCACAGUCCCCCAGGAGGAGAGGCAUGAUGUCACCAGCCUAUACCACAGGAUGGACCUGGUGGAGCUGCAGGAGAGGUUUGGUCUGAAGGGGUUUAACUGGACCCUCUUCAUACAAAGUGUGCUGUCCUCUGUCCAAAUCGAUCUGUUACCAGAUGAGGAGGUGGUGGUCUAUGGUAUCCCUUACCUGCAGAACCUUGAAGAUGUCAUUGACAUCUACUCAGCACGGACCAUGCAGAACUACCUGGUGUGGCGCCUGGUGCUAGAUCGCAUCAGCAGCCUAAGCCAGAGAUUCAAAGAUGCGAGGGUGCACUACCGCAAGGCUCUGUACGGCACAACCGUGGAGGAGGUGCGCUGGCGGGAGUGUGUCAGCUAUGUCAACAGCAACAUGGAGAGCGCCGUGGGCUCCCUCUACAUCAAGCAGGCCUUCACCAAGGACAGCAAGGAAAUGGUCAAAGAGCUGAUUGACAAGGUAAGAUCCGUGUUUGUGGAUACCCUGGAUGAGCUGAACUGGAUGGAUGAGGAAUCUAAGAAGAAGGCCCAGGAAAAGGCCAUGAACAUCCGGGAACAGAUCGGCUACCCUGACUAUAUCUUGGAAGAACACAAUAGGCACCUGGAUGAGGAAUACUCCAGUUUGAUAUUCUCAGAGGAACUGUAUUUUGAGAAUGGGCUUCAGAACCUCAAGGCCAGUGCCCAGAGGAGCCUGAAGAAGCUUCGGGAAAAAGUGGACCAGAACCUCUGGAUCAUCGGGGCUGCCGUGGUCAAUGCGUUCUACUCACCAAACAGAAACCAGAUCGUGUUUCCUGCCGGUAUUCUCCAGCCACCCUUCUUCAGCAAGGAGCAACCACAAUCCUUGAACUUUGGGGGCAUCGGGAUGGUGAUCGGGCACGAGAUCACACACGGCUUUGAUGACAAUGGUCGGAACUUCGACAAGAACGGCAACAUGCUAGACUGGUGGAGUAACUUCUCGGCCCAGCACUUCCGAGAACAGUCACAGUGCAUGAUCUAUCAGUAUGGCAACUUUUCUUGGGACCUGGCCGACGACCAGAAUGUAAACGGAUUCAGCACUCUCGGAGAGAACAUCGCUGACAAUGGCGGAGUACGACAGGCAUACAAGGCUUACCUACAGUGGCUGACUGAAGGUGGCAGGGACCAGCGACUGCCAGGACUGAACCUGACCUAUACCCAGCUUUUCUUUGUCAACUAUGCCCAGGUAUGGUGUGGGUCCUACAGGCCUGAGUUUGCCGUCCAGUCUAUCAAGACUGAUGUCCACAGUCCUCUUAAGUACAGGGUACUGGGCUCACUACAGAACCUGGCCGCCUUCUCUGAGGCAUUCCACUGCCCACGGGGCAGCCCCAUGCACCCCAAGAAGCGAUGUCGCAUCUGGUAGCCAAGGCUGAGCUAUGCUGCGGCCCACGCCCGCCUGCCACCCAGAGGCUUUGUGAAAGGUGCAGCUGGCAGAGAUGUGCAAGUCCUUGCCUGAAGGCCACUGGAGCCACCAGCCAGCCCUCGGCACCUGGCCUAGAGUGCAGCCGUCUGCCCACACCUGGGAUGAGUGGUGCCUGGUCCCGCGCCCCUUCAGGCCAGUGAGGGUCAGCGGCCCUGUAGAAGCUGUCAGCUGUCUUCCACCCUCUCCAUAGCGCGGCUAAAUGUCCUCGAGCUUUCAGACUUGAGCUAAGUAAACGCUUCAAAGAAGA